AUGUCUGGGCGUGAUCCAGAUAAAGGCGGCAAAGUUCGACGAAAGGCCGAGAGUCGUUCGGCCCGAGCAGGAUUGACGUUUCCAGUUGGACGCGUUCAUCGUCAUCUUCGAAAAGGACGCUACGCCUCCCGUAUCAGCGCUGCGGCGCCGGUCUUCCUCGCCGGUGUUCUGCAAUAUCUGGUGGAAGAAUUACUCACGUUGGCCGACAACGAACGCGACAUGAGCUGUAUGUAUUGUUUCCUGGAUUGGGGCAUGGCGCCAAAGCCGAAGAAGAGGAUCAAUCCGUAUCAUCUGAGGCAGGCCGUGGGCAAUGAUUACGAGAUUUCUGAAACAUUCCGUGGGGUGACCAUUGCCCAAGGAGGUGUAUACCCACAAAAACUGCCGGCUAUACUCCUCCCUAAACGUAAGGUUAAGAAGCGUGCUGCCGCCAAAAUCAAAGAAAAUAGCAAUCAGAUAAAGUGUGAUCAUCAUCCAUUUUUGCAUCCGCCAUCCUCUCCUUAA